UAACUUCAAAGAUUCAGUACCUUUUCUAGAGGGGAGAGUGAAUGUGGGUCGAGAAAAAGUUUUAAAAUAAAACAUAUUCCUAUUGUACUUUGGUGCGGACAGCGAGUUCCAUCAUGAGUGCAUUGAUUAAGGCCGCAGUUUCCCGCAGCCCGUCAUGUUUGGCGACAUAUUUAAACAGGAACCUCCACCUAACAGUGGGAGCGUCAGCAUCGAAAGACGCUUCUGUGAAUUCGAACGCAAGUAAAUCGUACACGGUUAUCGAUCACAAGCACGAUGCCUUAGUUAUUGGGGCUGGAGGAGCUGGUUUAAGAGCCGCCUUUGGUUUGGUACAGGAGGGAUUCAAAACUGCUGUUGUAACAAAGCUAUUCCCUACCAGAUCUCAUACUGUUGCUGCACAGGGAGGCAUCAAUGCUGCAUUAGGUAAUAUGGAAGAAGAUAAUUGGUUGUGGCACAUGUAUGAUACUGUCAAGGGAUCUGACUGGCUCGGAGACCAGGACGCCAUCCAUUACAUGACGAAGGAGGCACCUCAUGCUGUUAUUGAGUUAGACAACUAUGGUAUGCCUUUUUCGCGCACACCAGAAGGUAGAAUAUACCAGAGGGCCUUCGGUGGUCAGUCACUGAAGUUUGGUAAAGGGGGUCAAGCUCAUAGAUGCUGCGCUGUAGCCGACAGAACGGGUCAUUCACUUCUCCAUACACUCUACGGCCAAUCCCUCCGAUAUGACUGUGAAUACUUUAUUGAGUAUUUUGCUCUGGAUCUCCUGAUGGAAGACGGAGUCUGCAAGGGAUGUAUCGCUAUUAACCUUGAGGACGGAACUUUACAUAGGUUCCAAGCUAAGAACACUAUCCUCGCCACGGGUGGCACUGGGCGGUCGUACUUCAGCUGCACCUCGGCUCACACGUGCACUGGGGACGGAACAGCCAUGGCGGCUCGAGCUGGUCUCCAGAACGAGGAUAUGGAGUUUGUGCAGUUCCACCCCACCGGUAUCUACGGAGCUGGUUGUCUAAUGACUGAAGGUUGUCGUGGUGAAGGCGGUUUCCUUGUGAACGCUAAGGGCGAGCGGUUCAUGGAAAGAUAUGCACCGGUCGCCAAAGACCUCGCUAGCAGGGACGUGGUCUCCAGAGCCAUGACCGUGGAGAUCAUGGAAGGUCGCGGCUGCGGUCCAGAAAAGGACCACGUCCACCUUCAGCUGCAUCAUCUGCCUCCGGAACAGCUGAAGCAGCGUCUCCCCGGCAUCUCGGAGACGGCCAUGAUCUUCGCCGGAGUCGACGUCACCAAGGAACCCAUACCUGUGUUGCCCACCGUACACUACAACAUGGGCGGAACGCCGACCAACUUCAGGGGAGAGGUUAUAACGCAUUACAACGGCGAAGACCGCGUGGUCCCUGGUCUACUGGCAGCUGGUGAGGCUUCCUGUGCCUCCGUCCAUGGUGCAAACAGGUUGGGGGCGAACUCCCUCCUUGAUAUCGUUGUGUUUGGAAGAGCCUGCGCCCUCACAGUCGCAGACACCAGCCGCCCUGGGGACAAGCAGGAGCCGCUCAAAGACACCACUGGUCAGGAAAGUAUCGGAAAUCUGGACAAGUUAAGGUACGCGAACGGCAGCAUCUCCACCGCGGAGCUGCGCCUGCGCAUGCAGAAAUGUAUGCAGAAGAACGCCGCCGUGUUCAGACAGAAGAGCACACUAGAAGAAGGUCAACGCCAGAUCCACGAGGUGUACAAGCAGAUGGCGGACGUGAAGGUGUCAGAUCGCUCACUGAUCUGGAACAGCGACCUGGUGGAGACCCUGGAGCUGCAGAACCUGCUCAUCAACGCGGUCCAGAUCGUGGAGGGCGCGCUGGCCAGGGAGGAGUCCCGCGGAGCGCACGCCCGGGAGGACUUCAAGACCAGGAGGGACGAGUACGACUACUCCAAGCCACUCGAGGGACAGACAAAAUUGCCGUUCGAGAAGCACUGGCGCAAGCAUACAUUGUCGGAGACCAACGCGGCCACCGGCGAGACCAAACUCAGCUACAGACCGGUCAUAGACCACACGCUAGACCAGGCCGAGUGCCAGACCGUGCCGCCCGUCAUACGCACAUACUAGACUUACACGAUCACGUAAUAAAUAUACUACAUAGCAAAUAUAACACGGAAAAAAUACAACAAGGACUGCGAAGAUUGAAUCAACAUAUGAAUUAAUCACUAUACCAUCAUGUUAUGGUAAUACAGAAUCGAUACUCGCAAGGUGUUGCCAGUCCUCGCAACGUUAAAUACAACUGUACUGAUUCAUUAUUACAGCAGCUUCACUUACUAUUAAUAUAUACAUUUCCUAUACAGACUGAGCAGCUAGCAGUAUUCCUGGAGCGCACAUCUCAGACCGUUUCAUAUAAUUUAUUUAAUUAUUUAUUUUUCGUUAGUUUUAAGAGUAUCGAUCAUUACUAUGAUAUAUUUUAUUAUGUAACGUUGUCCGCUUCAUUUGAUCUUAAAACAGACUUGCCAACGUAAAAUGAACCCCCUGUAUGCGCGGGUUAGAUUAUAUCACAGUUUAUAUAGAAUGUUCAACAGCAUGAGGUACUUAACGGAUUUAAAAGGAGUGCUCUAAACUUAUAUGGAAUUGUUUAAAAGGUAAAGUGACCUCUACCUCUCAGAUACUAUCGCAGCCGCUGAAAUCAUUGGAAUCACCGAGCAACACUACAAUGUUCAGUGCAGUAUUAAGCGAAAUUAUGUUCAAUAAAUUGUACAAUUUUUGUGUAGACCUUAAGUUAUAAAUACAUACCUCUGUAAA